AUGUACGAGGAAGCAGAGCCGGUCCGAAACCCUCCCUCUGGGGCAGGCAUCGGCCAAACCAGCGGGCCGACCGGGUCCCAAUCCCCUGCUGUCCAUCAGCGCAACGUCGCUACUGACAAGGGGAAGGGAAGGCACGGAACAUCUUCUCACACGUACAAAGAGGCCGAAAGAGUGUACUAUACAUUAAAGGAUCAGGACCUCCCCCCGUCUGUACGUGGGGCGUGCAGGCCGCAGGAGUCACCAAAGCCGGGGACUGAAACCAGCGGGCCGCCGCCGUGUGUUCGCCGUGGCCAGGAAGACCAAGAAACGCCAUCGCACGCUUCCGAUGAAACCCAGGCGGCUAGACGUUACGCAGCGUACACGUAUGCAGACCGUACGUAUCCGGGUGGAGCAAACGGUCGCCGCGGCCUGUGUAUUUUCAUCCGCUCCCACUGGAGCUGUCUGGCCGCCGGCAUUGCCAUGCUGCUAAGUCUGGAAAUGAACCAGCUGUCCACCAUUGUUGACAUCUUAAAACGUGACCUCGGCAACAUGUCCCAACUGUCUACCACAUUUGAUGCCUUGAAACACGACCAAGAUGACCUGCGUCAACUUUCCAUUGCCUUAAAGCAAGAUCUAGGCAUCGAACGGAACCGAACUGCUACUUUGGAGAGGAAUCUCCAUGACAUGAAAAAGACUCCAGGAAACCAGACGGAGGUGGUCGGGUGCGUCGGACAACCUGGACCUACAGGACAGAGGGGACCCAUGGUGCCAGCUGGUCCUGGGUCUGUUGGUCCUCCUGGUCCCCCAGGAGAAAUUGGACCCAUGGGGCCAGCUGGCCCUGUUGGGCCACGUGGUCCCCCAGGACAAAAGGGAACAAUGGGGCCAGCCGGUCCUGUGUCUGUUGGGCCUCGUGGUCCCCCAGGGGAAAAGGGAGCCAAGGGGCUGACUGGGCCUCGUGGUCCCCCAGGGGAAAAGGGAGCCAAGAGGCCGACUGGGCCUCGUGGUCCCCCAGGGGAAAAGGGAGCCAAGGGGCCGACUGGGCCUCGUGGCGCCCCAGGGGGAAAGGGAGCCAAGGGGCCGACUGGGCCUCGUGGUCCCCCAGGGGGAAAGGGAGCCAAGGGGCCGACUGGGCCUCGUGGCGCCCCAGGGGGAAAGGGAGCCAAGGGGCCGACUGGGCCUCGUGGCGCCCCAGGGGGAAAGGGAGCCAAGGGGCCGACUGGGCCUCGUGGUCCCCCAGGGGAAAAGGGAGCCAAGGGGCCGACUGGGCCUCGUGGUCCCUUUGGAGAAAAGGGAGCAAUGGGGCCACCUGGUGUGCGUGGUCCUGCUGGGUCUCCUGGGGGAAGGGGGGUCCGGGGGCCAGCUGGUCCUGUAUCUGAGGGGCCUCGCGGACCUCAAGGACAAAGGGGGGCUAUGGGGCCGGCUGGACCCGUUGGUCCGCCUGGUCCACCCGGAAUCUCAUCAUGCCCCAAUGUCCCUACAAAACCCAGACAGCGCAAGCAAUAG